AUUUGAUAGCCUCAUGACCUCCUCCUCCUCCCCCUCCCUCUCGUCCCAGUACCUGAUACCCCUUAUCUUGCUUGCUCUCUAUAUCAGGAUAUGUAUCUCGUUUGCACCGCACAGCGGACAAAGCAAACCUCCAAUGUUUGGGGACUACGAGGCUCAGCGGCACUGGCAGGUCAGAAUCGUUGUACAAAUCUAGAUACUCUCAUCUGCAGUAAAUGUAAAUUUACUCUGCUCAAAGCACUUGUUUUUUAUUUCAGGAAAUAACAGUGAACCUGCCAAUCACUGACUGGUACAGGAACACAACAGAUAACGACCUGUUAUACUGGGGACUGGACUACCCGCCCCUCACAGCUCUGCACAGCAAGGUUAUGGGUCACGUGGCUGAGACUGUUAGCGGCUCCUGGGUGCAACUCCAUGGCUCUAGAGGAGAAGAGAGUUACGAGCACAAGAUAUUCAUGAGAGUAACAGUACUGGUAUCUGAACUGGUGCACCUGACUCCCCUCUUCCUCCUCCUCUCCCCCUCCACAUGUCCCCUCUCUUCUCUCUUCCUCCUCGCUAUCACUCCCUCUCAACCCCUCAUUGAUCAUGGUCACUUCCAAUACAACUCUAUCUCACUAGGUCUGACGCUACUAGCGGUUCUAGCCCUAAAACACGGCUGGGUAUGUACCGGUAGUGCCAUGUUCUCCCUCGCUCUCAACUACAAGCAGAUGUCACUCUACCACGCCCUCCCCUUCUUCUUCUUCAUCUUGGGUCCACGGUACAACAGCUGGUCUGGUGUCAGGGAGUUGGUAAAAGUGGGGGUAACUGUGGUUUUAACAUUCGCCCUCUGCUGGCUUCCUUUUGUGGACACUGCCGGGGAUGUGCUAACUAGGAUGUUCCCUUUUAACCGGGGUUUGUUCGAGGAUAAAGUGGCUAACUUUUGGUGUAGCAUAUCUGUUGUCGUCAAAGUUCGUGAGAUCUUCUCAAGGAUCACCCUCGUCAGAGCAGCUCUGUUCUUCACUCUUGUCUCUGUUCUUCCUUCCCAACUCCUCCUCUUCAGGGAAUCAACUCCUCACAAGUUUAUACUGGCUCUCACUAACUCAGCGCUAGGUUUCUUUCUCUUCUCAUUCCAUGUCCACGAGAAAACCAUCCUCAUACCUCUCGCAACUAUAGUAUUACUGUACAACGACAAACGUACAAACGGACAAACAAACGGACAAAACAACGAACUGACAGUUAGUUUACCUGUGGUUUGGUUCACCGUCAUUGCUACGUUCUCAAUGUGGCCUCUUCUCCUGAAAGAUGGUCUAUACAUGAUGUACAUUGCUGGAAUGGGACUGUACCUCACUACCGUUUAUAUCCUUUUCAAGCAACAACUGUACAGUACAUCUGUUCUGUUAUUUAUGUUAUCCGUCUUGGGUUGUGUUAUUUUACAUUUAUUGGAAAUUUAUGUUGAGCCGACGGAAAGAUAUCCGCAUAUUUACCCUACACUUAAUUCUCUUUAUUCUGCUGGACAUUUUGCGCUGUUCUUUUGCUAUUUUAAUUAUCGUCAAAUUGUCGACUGAUUUGUUGAUAUUUUAUUGAUUUCUUUGUGGUGUUAAUUUAUUGAUAUAAACUAAUAAAGCUCAGGAUUUAAUUCAGCAUGACUAAAAUAAAGUUGUUAAUUAAAUGGUAUUAAUUUUAUUAAAUUUCAGAAGUCAAGCUUUUUAAUUUAGAAUUUAAAUUUUUGGGUUUAGAGUAUGUCGCAUCAUUUUGUUGUAAUUCUAUAAUAAUAAAUCUUUUUCGCAGUUAAGUGCUACUGCACUGCUAGAUAAUCAUCAUCACGGCGUAUUUGUGUGGACAUUGUUGUUACGAAGCCAUGCAUAUGUGCAUUGUUCAAAUCAAUUAUGCUCAGAACUCUUGUCGACUAAUCUUCACAGUACUUUGUUAUAACAUGAUCCCCCGAAGUUGAGAAGAAGAAAUUAUACUGUAGAACUUUCCAGAAGUCCAGACUAUUCUUAC